UAAUUUGCGUUUUAAGUGUCUUAAGGGUGUGACGUAUUCUGUUAGAUGUAAAGUGAGUUGCAUAAGAUUUAGGUGUCCGAAAGGUGUUUAUGUUUACGGGAUAUUUACAAAUGGUGGCGAAGUGAAAGACAUUGUAAUUGAAUUACGAAAGAAUCCACGGAAUUCAAGUAAUUUAAAGUGUUCGCGUUCGCAAUUCGAUCAUCCCAACACUUUUCCAGAGCAUGAAAACGGCCCAAUCGUAAUCACAAACACAGGAAGUAUCUUAUUAAAACGAUUUAUAUAAUAUGCUAUGUGGCUCUUAUGCGCCCCAUUAUACUGAUAUGAACGACUAUCAAACGAAAACAAUGCCUGACUGUAGCAGUGCCACCGGUACCUUUAAAAUCUUUAUUGGGAAUCUCGACGAAAGGACCCCGGUUUCGUUGAUACGACCUCUUUUUGAGCGCUACGGAAAGGUUGUUGAAUGCGAUGUCGUCAAGAAUUACGGUUUUGUUCACAUGGAAAAUGAAACUGAGGGACGUCGCGCCAUCCAAAAUCUUAAUGGUUACGUCGUCAACGGUCAAAAGAUUAAGUGUGAACCAUCAAAACCUAAAAAUCCCACGAAUCCCACCAGUAAGAUCUUUGUCGGGAACUUAACGUCGAACGUUAAAGCCUGUCAGAUACGAGAACUCUUUGAGAAAUACGGGAGAGUUGUCGAAUGUGAUCGUAUUCGUAAUUAUGGGUUUGUUCAUAUGGAUACGUCGACGGACGUUUCGUUAAUAAUCAAGGAAUUGAACGGUUAUAUGCUCGAUGGUCAACCACUUAAUAUCCAAGUAUCGUCGAGCCGUGUACGUCCACGUCCUGGUAAAUCGGAGAAGUGUUAUCGAUGUGGACGAGUUGGUCAUUGGUCCAAGGAGUGUAGCAAGGGAAGCGAACGCUAUCGGGAUCAUAUGUAUAGCACGGAACCGUACCCCCAAAUGCAAUCUAACUUAACCUAUCCUCAACAACAACAUCAACAACAACAAACUCAACGUUACGAGCCUGAAAGAUAUGGUUAUUUCGAUAUGCGUUACGAGGAUUAUUACGAAAAUUACAAUACAACGACGUAUCCGAUGAACCAGAUGAAUUAUCCGGUGCAUCAGCAACGUUCGGAACAACCUACAUUAACGCAAAUACCAACGCAAGAAACGACGAGUUACGUUCAACCCCAAACGGCGAACGACAUGUCUCAAGUCUCUUACGAUAGGAGUAAUAACUAUAGCGAAUACAAUGCCGUUCAACCGAUACACGAUUACAGUCGGAUGUACGAGGAUUACAUGUACCCGAACGCGCAGUACGAUCGAAGGUGGUAGAUAGAAGAAAAGUUGAGAGAGAAAAAAAGGGAGAGGGCACGAAGAGGAUCCGAUAAAUCAGGAAAAUAAUGAUUGAUGAAGCAGCGUAAUUUUUAAGUAUUCCGAUCUAAUCUAUAUAAUUAACAUAUGUUAAAAAAAAAAACUAUAUUAUUAAGGAGUAAGAAAUUUCAAUGUGUAUUUUCCCCCUGAAUUUAAAAAGGUGUUUUUUAUGUAACUUUGGUUCUCUUCGCAACCUCCAAGACAAAAUUUUUCUCAAAAAAAUAAAAAACUUAAAAAAUGGAAUGAAAAAAAAAUAGUUAAGAUUUUUUUUUUAAUUGACAUGUCAUUGAAUUUAUUAGUUUUUACGUUUUAAGGCCUUUAAAACUAAGUUCACAAACAGUUCUUCUUUAUUUCAUCUUGAAUUUUCACAAUAAUGUGUCAUUAUUAUUAUUUUUUAAUUUCCUUUUUAUUUGAAUCCUAUAAAUACCUAAUUUUUUUUUUAUGUUCAUAAUAGAAUUAUACGUUGCAAUUGUAUGGAUGUGUUCUCUCAUUUUGCUCCUUUUUGAAUAAUAAUAAAAAAAUGAUAUUUCUAAA